CACUACAAAACACUGAUAUUGCAGCAGCAUUUUUCUGCUCCCAGUUGUGUAGGAGAAUGAAGUAAGAGGCGGGUCUCUGUUCACUGAGAGAAGGAGAAACAAACUGCACUGCAAAAUGAUUCUCCUUAAACUCACACAGGGAUUAUGAGCAGCUUAACUUUCCUGCAACAAAAGGAGAAAAAGGAGACUUCAGAAAGAGAAUGUAAGCUCAGCUUCAGGCUUGCAUACAUUUUCUCGUAUAACCUGUUCCAGUUCUGUGGACACACAUGGAUACUGGCUAACACUUUAGCCAGGUUUCUCACAUUUGGUAAAGAUGCCUUAGCAGACACAUUUUACUCUGUUGGCUUUGUGAUGAGUCUGUGCCAGCUGCUGUCCAUCCUGGAGCUUUUCCAUAUCGCAGAUGGGAUUGAGAAAGCGAGACUCCUCCCUCGCUUCGUCCAAGUUAUGGAGAAGAACAUCCUGCUGAUCAUGGUCAUCAUGUUGGAGGAGAUCCAGAGUAAACCAGUCGUGUGUGCGCAGUUCUUCUUGUGGAACAUACUGGACCUCCUACGGUACCCACAUGAGCUACUGUGUGUUAUGGAUAAACCUUCCAUCGCCAUGCUGUGGACUCGCUACACACUCUGGAUCCCCUUAUACAUCCUAUCAGUGGCCACUGAAGGUGUCACCAUAUACCAGGCCCUGCCAUAUUUUGAGCCGGCAGCACCAAACUCAUCGUCUUUGAACUCAACAUUGUCAACACACAUUCACCUGCCCUUCCUGCUGAUGGUCUACCUGCCUGUUCUGGCUCUUGGGGCCUCUGUAUCAGUCUGGCAACUGCUGAAGGAGAGACAACACCACCUGGAGAAAUGGAACAAGAAGAAGAAAAAGAAAUGACACCUGCACAAUGAAUGUUUGGAUCACUUAAAUCUUUCAGGAACUGUGAUGGUCAAGUUUUUUUUUAAAGAUCAUGAGGACUGUCACUUUGUAAUUUUAGGGGGUUGAGGGUCAUCAAAAUGUGUGAUCAUUAAAAUCUAUAUCUUUAACUCGAGAGCCAGAAAAAUCAAAUUUAACACCAAAAAGUAUUUCCUGCAUUUGAUGAAGUUUUAAUGGGAACAAUUGUUUUAACAGCAGUCAGUGAAUCCACGUCCAGCAGAUGGAGGCAGGACAGGCGCAGCUUGAGUAUGUUAAAGCUCCAGUCAUGUUUUUGUGAAGGACCUCUGUAUGCAUUGCCAGGGAAACAGUCUGUAGUGUCUCCUCUGGGCUACCAUCCGUAUGCUCUGGUCCACACAGCUUUCUUCUUGAACUCAGUGGAGGACUUCAGGGCCAACAGGGCAGCUGAAACAGCAAGGAUCAGAUAAAUCAAUUGGAACGAAUCCAGUUUGUAAUCAAACAAGAAGUUUCAUCUCUGUUCAUCUCUGCCAAGAAUGUUGUUUGCUCCUGUGAAUGUAUGAUGUAAAUGGAAAGACAGGGUGGGUUUUGGGGUUUCUGCUACUUACUGCCAAUCUUGAUGUUUACAUGAUGUGAUGGAUUUAAGUUGCCAUUCCAUAAAAAACCAAAAUCAGUGUUUCCUCCUCUGUAGAGUUUUUUUUUUAAACACAGUUGUGUUUACAUCCAGUUUUUUUUUUUUUUUCAAAGACACACUUGCUGCAUCCUAAAUCACAUACUAUGCACUACAAACUCAAUAUAUGAAUCAUCGUUCAACAUGCUUUUGGGUGAAGUGCAGUUUUUGGACGCACUAAGCUAUUACCACUUCACUUCCUGAGAGCUUCUGUGUAACCAUGGUAACCCGUGUCAACAUCAGCUGUACCGGCAAUAGUGAUCGCAAGCAUGAUGAACCUUUAGAGUUUUUGGUUUUUCGUCACAUCUGUCUGAGUAACCUUACUUUGGCUGUUAGAACAUGCAAACCGGUGGACUUGUUAUGUAUGCAAACAUCUUGUUCGCCCAGUGGCGCACAGUAAUUAGGACGAGUCCCAGUGCACGCUAUUAUCACAGCCUUGGUGUCAGAUUUUUUUGUCCAAACUAGCUACUGUUUUAAAUCUAUAUAUGACAAAAAAACUGAAUCAAAUGGGAAAGUAUUAAUUUAACUGAAUCUUUCAUUUAUAGUUUUUAUAUUUUAUGUAGAAUAAACAUAUAAUUUUGUAACAGAUUACAAAAAAAUAAUAAUAAAACAAUGAUGGAGAUUGGUUUGCCUUUUUGCAUGUAUUGCAAAUGGCACCAUUUUUAUUUUAACUUGAGUCAUUUGAACACAAGCAUAUUUCUGAGGUGGCAAUCUGAAUUACUCCUAAGGGACUGUUCUCUAGUAUUACAACUGGAGGGCUCGCUCUCUCUACAAGGCCCCUCCCAAUCCUAUGGGCCCCAGUGCAACCCCAGUGUCUACACUGUUGCUGCCAGAUAAUGCUUCAGUUAGUGGGAAAGGUCAGCAACAUGUCCAGUGAUUAUGGUCCACUGUCUGUAAUGAUUAUUGUUGUCACCAGCGCAUUGCAUUGUGGGGUAUUUAUGCCAACGUAGUGCCCAGUGUUUGUAUAUUGCAAUAUUCAACAGAAUAGGAAUAGGUUUCGGACGUGGUCAAGAAUCUCACACACUGUUUGAGAAUACUAAAUUGCAUGUAAGUAUGGGAUUUCAGACACAGUUAAUGUUUACUGAACUGUAUAUCCUGGAUGCAAAACAAAUAUUGUGAAUGCAUUUCAUUUCUCAUAAAACAUUUACAAAGACCAA